AUGUCUCACCCUUCGGACAUCCAGAUGCCCGACUAUGACAACGCUUAUGCGAUCUUCCAGGCCGAACUCGCGGGCGGUGACACGGAUGUUGAUACUGAAAUGGGCGACAACUCCUCCCCUGAGCCAGCUGAAUUGCCUGAUCCGUCAUUGCCUCUAUACAACGGAGCUCCUCCACACAAUUUUGACAUCCCCCUCGCUCACCAGAUUGAUCUCACAAGCGAGUUAACCAGACCAGGUGGCUUUCUUCCAAUCUCUGGACCGUUUUUCGACAUCGACAUCACCAAAACUAUGGAGUCGAUGCUGCAAAGAUAUCAGCAAAAGGGUGAAAGGUUCUUCCGUCUGAAGUGGGCCGUGAAUUACCUCUCUCAAGGCUUCUAUCCCGCAUGCAAGUACCCUGGUUGCACGUCUAGAUGCCGCAUCGUUGACCACAACCUCAAAGUCUUGACUUGGAAAAAGCUUCAACCUGGUGGUGAAGAUCAUUUGCGCUAUGUGACUACUGACAAAGAGCACCCUGUUUUCCUCUGCGUAUCUUGCAAACACGAGAACUUCAUGCCAUCGUUCAUGUGGAAGACCAGAGUGGUUGGCUUCAUGGCUGAUCCUGUGGUUGAGAUAAAGAUGUAUGAGCGUUGGGCAACUCCUGCUUUCUUCUUCAACAGACAAAGAGAUACCGAUGCUUUCCCUAGUAUGAUUAGCGGUCCUAUUCUGUCUAGACAGGCUGACGCUGCUGAGAGUGUCUUGAGCAAGACAUGCGAUUACUUGCUUCCGGUUAUCGCUGCGGGAUGGGUGCUUCGCUAUGCUUGGAACGGUUAUCAUAUAACAUCAAUCUAA